AAAAAAUGAGUAUUCUGAGGAAACUUCAGUUUAUCUCCAGAUUAUCUCAGAUUUCAAGCUGCAAAGUGGCUCAUAUUCCACAAUGUUGCAGUUCCAGUAUAACAGGACACGAGAAGGCGGACAAAGCACUCGAGACUGUGACUGGGGGUAGAAUAUUUAGCUGGCUACAGGUUUAUGAAGAUGUUGUUGGCCUCACUGAAGUCAGGGAGGCUCAGGAAAAGGUCAUCAAAGCAGAACAUCAGUUUUUAGAUGUACAAGAGAUCCGACGUGAAAAACAAAAAUUGAUGACAGAGAUACAUGCAGAACUGAAAAACAUUGCGAGUGAACUUGACAAAGUGCAACGAGGGGAUGACAGAUACCUUAAACUGCUUACAGAAGAGCAUACAAUAAUUAAAAAGGAGAAUGAACUAAAAGAAGACAUUAAGGUAUAUGAGAAGCAGGAGCUCCAUAGCUUCACUGCUCUAUCAAAUGCUGUAAGGGAAAGCCACGAAAAGGAGCGAUCACGAACUGAAAGAACCAAAUACUGGUCUGUGAUUGGUUCCAUAAUUGGAGCUGCAAUAGGCAUAACUGGGACGUCAAUUAAUAAUUACCUCCGAAUGAGAGAGCUUCGGGGAAUGAUCAAAGAAUCUACAGCAGGGGGAGUAGAUCUGAAGAACAUUGUCGCUCAGUUGUCAGAUACAAUGAAGAACCAACACCACCAGAUAACAGGCUUUGUAGGUGAUCUUAAGAGUCUAUUACUGACAGACCUAUCAGCUAAGAUAGAAGAUCUACCACAAAUUGAUACAGCAGAACAAACUAUAAAGAUAGAUACCAAGAAGUUGUUAGAUACAGUUGGUAGGAACAAUGAAGAGAUAGCUAAUGAGAUGAAAGACAUCAAGAAGUUGGUUGCAAUGCAUUCUGCGGAACAAUCUGAGAAUAAUGUCAUUUAUAUAGGGCCAGAGGUAGAAGGCUUAUUAAAGAAUACAGAAUCUAACUUAGAAUGGAAAAUGAAGAUGAAUUCUUUGUGGACAGCUACUUUUUUGUAUGGAGCUUUUGCUCUGACAUUACCUGUGUUGUACCAAAUAUUCAAGGGUGGAUCUUGAUAAAGUGACACUUUAACAGUUACAGACCAAAGUUAGUUUCAUCAUGUGCUUCACUGUAUCUGCCAAAUGAUUUCCUUGAUGUUUCUAUACUGGAACUUAGGUUACAUGUAUUUUGAUGCUUAUUAAUUUGAUGAAAUACCGUCUGAUUUUGGCUGAUGGUGGUUAGUUACUGCACUUGUUCAAUUAUUUUCGAAAAAGAGUACAUGUACGUUGUAUUUGUUUUGUAUUCACCAUGUCACAAGUAAUCAAUUAGUCCAAGUUAUUGUAGUUUUUGCAAAUCAGCACUUUCCUUCUCGAAACAAAAUAUUAAAAAGAUUAGACAACUUGAGGUAUGUUUUAUGCUCUGGCUUUUAAUAGCUGUUAUACAAUCUGAAUCUGUCUAAAGAUAGAACCUCAAAAUCUUAGAUGCCUAGAGGGCUUAUUACAAGAAAAUGAUUUUCAAUGUCUCUAGGUGACCCUUGAUAUUUUGAACAUUGAAUAGACCACACUCAAUGCCAGUGAAAAUAAACUUGAUUUUCAAUGUGGGUUUUUGAGCUGUCUUUGGUGUCAAAUGAAAGUUAAUGUCAAUGAGUAUUAAUCCAUUUUUUGCUGAAGAACACUGAAAAGUAUGCAUGGAAUCAAUUCAGUUGAUGUGAUAUUUAUUAUCCCAACGAACGAAGUCCGGUAGGGAUAUAGUGAA